AUGCGCGUCCGCCGGGGGCUGCUGCGGCUGCCGCGCCGCUCGCUGAUCGCCGCGCUCUUCUUCUUCUCGCUCUCGUCCUCGCUGCUCUACUUCGUCUAUGUGGCCCCCGGUAUAGUGAACACCUACCUCUUCAUGAUGCAGGCCCAGGGCAUCCUGAUCCGGGACAACAUGCGGACCAUCGGCGCCCAGGUGUACGAGCAGGUGGUUCGCAGCGCGUACGCCAAGAGGAACAGCAGCGCGAACGACUCAGAUUACCCUCUGGACUUGAACCACAGUGAGACCUUCCUGCAGACCACCACAUUCCUUCCUGAGGACUUCACCUACUUCGCAAACCACACCUGUCCCGAAAGGCUCCCUUCCAUGAAGGGCCCGGUAGACAUCAACAUGAGUGAAAUUGGAAUGGACACCAUUCACGAACUCUUCUCCAGGGACCCAGCCAUCAAGCCCGGCGGCCACUGGACGCCGUCCGACUGCGUGCCCCGCUGGAAGGUGGCCAUCCUGAUCCCCUUCCGGAACCGCCACGAGCACCUCCCGGUGCUGCUCAGACACCUGAUCCCCAUGCUCCAGCGCCAGCGCCUGCGGUUCGCGUUUUAUGUCAUUGAGCAAGUUGGCACCCAGCCCUUCAACCGAGCCAUGCUUUUCAAUGUCGGUUUCCGAGAAGCAAUGAAGGACUUGGACUGGGACUGUCUUAUUUUUCACGACGUGGAUCACAUACCAGAAAGUGAUCGUAACUACUAUGGAUGUGGACAGAUGCCAAGGCAUUUUGCAACUAAAUUGGAUAAGUAUAUGUAUCUGCUUCCUUACACUGAGUUCUUCGGCGGAGUGAGCGGCCUAACCGUGGAGCAGUUUCGGAAAAUCAACGGCUUCCCUAACGCUUUCUGGGGCUGGGGUGGAGAAGACGACGACCUGUGGAACAGAGUGCAGAACGCGGGCUACUCCGUGAGCCGGCCGGAGGGCGACACGGGGAAGUACAAGUCCAUCCCUCAUCACCAUCGAGGAGAAGUCCAGUUCCUUGGGAGGUACGCUCUGCUGAGGAAGUCCAAAGAGCGGCAAGGGCUGGACGGCCUCAACAACCUGAACUACUUCGCAAACGUCACUUACGACGCCUUGUACAAGAACAUUACCGUCAACUUGACACCCGAGCUGGCUCAGGUGACCGAGUACUGAGAGGAGUAGGGGAGCUGUGUCUGCUCCGCCCACCACCACCACGCCCACCCCCACGGAGAGCAGCGCCGCUGCCCGACUGCACGCUCGUCCCGGCCUCCCCCGGGCAGGGAAGCAGGGCCACGGCGUCUGACAGACACAGAGGGUCGCAGGGCCCAAGGAGCAGCGUGCGCGGAGCACAUGCACACCCCCCGCCAUUCGGACCCGUCGAGACCGGGGGAGCGGGCGCUGCUUUCGUCGGGACUGGCUUCCUCUUCUCCCCAGAUGGACGUCUGUCCUGCUGCUCUUCUCCCGGUCUCCUGCCCGACGCCCCAUCUCAGCCCCCGUCUCGGGUCCGGAGCCCGCCCCUGCGGUGGCCUCGGGAGCUCCUCGGCCUUCAGAGCAGAGAGGCAGACCCACCACCGGGCAGCUGUGUUCUCGGAAGAGAAAUGAAACUCCACACACCAUGCUCCAUCUCUGGUGUUCUCUUCAGUUUCAUUUUUUU